GCCAUAUUAGUGGCAAAGGGGCGGAGUCGGGCAGAGGCGGGUGAAAACGGGGGGCUGGGCUCCCGGGCUGAGGAGGCGGUGCUUGCCUCCUGGCUAGACUCCCUCCAGCUCCACACCCCCUUCCCUACCAGUGCUUCAGCUUGCCUCCCACCUUCUCAGGUUCAUGGCUGAGGCGGCAGCUGCGAGGGACUGGAGGCAGCCCGAGAGGCUGAAAUCUGUCACUGACUUCUGGGCAUACUUGGACAAAAAUCCUGGAUAUGAGGCAGAGGCUGCCAACAUGUCUAUGAAUCGGUUAAAUCUACAAAUCAGCAGCUGCAGGAAUCCAGCCAUGGUGAACGAAGCCAGAGGGAGCUGCUCAGAGGGUAGCAGUAGUGGCAGUGAGGGCUCCAAAGACAGUUCCCGGUGCCCCACUCCUAUCUUGGAUGCAGAGCGCCAUGAGCGACUCCGAGAGAAGAUGCGCCGGAGGAUGGAAUCUGGAGAUAAGUGGUUCUCCUUGGAAUUUUUCCCUCCUCGAACUGCUCAGGGAGCAGUCAAUCUCAUCUCUAGGUUUGACCGAAUGGGGGCAGGUGGCCCCCUCUUUGUGGACGUAACCUGGCACCCAGCAGGGGAUCCUGGCUCAGACAAGGAGACCUCAUCCAUGAUUAUCGCCAACACAGCUGUAGACUACUGUGGCCUGGAGACUGUCCUGCACAUGACCUGCUCUCAACAGAACCGAGACGAGAUCACCAGCCAUCUUCACAAGGCCAAGCGGCUGGGCCUAAAAAAUAUCUUGGCAUUGAGAGGAGACCCCAUUGGUGACGAGUGGGAAGAAGAAGAAAAUUGCUUCAGUCAUGCAGUGGACCUGGUGAAACAUAUCCGCAGUGAGUUUGGUGACUACUUUGACAUCUGUGUAGCAGGUUACCCGAAGGGCCACCCUGAGGCAACAAGCUUUGAAGAGGAUGUGCAGUACCUAAAGGAGAAGGUGUCUGCAGGGGCCGACUUCAUCAUCACACAGCUCUUCUUCCAGGCAGACACCUUUUUCAAUUUUGUCAAAGCGUGCACAGCCAUAGGCAUCACAUGUCCCAUCCUUCCGGGAAUCUUCCCUAUCCAGGGUUACCACUCCCUUCGGCAACUGGUAAAGCUGUCCAAGCUAGAAGUACCACAGGAAAUCAAAGAUGUGAUUGAGCCAAUCAAGGACAAUGAUGCUGCUAUCCGAAACUAUGGAAUUGAGCUGGCUGUGACCAUGUGCAAGGAGCUGCUGGCUAGUGGCUUGGUACCCGGUCUCCAUUUCUAUACCCUCAAUCGGGAGGUGGCCACUAUGGAAGUGCUGAAGAGACUGGGCAUGUGGAAUGAAGAUCCCAGGCGUCCUCUGCCAUGGGCUGUCAGUGCCCAUCCCAAACGCCGAGUAGAGGAUGUUCGACCCAUCUUCUGGGCCUCCAGACCAAAGAGUUACAUUUAUCGGACUCAGGCAUGGGAUGAAUUUCCCAAUGGUCGUUGGGGGAACUCCUCAUCCCCAGCCUUUGGUGAGCUGAAGGACUAUUACCUCUUCUGCCUGAAGAGCAAGACCCCCAGGACAGAGCUGCUGAAGAUGUGGGGAGAGGAGCUGACCAGUGAAGAAAGUGUCUUUGAAGUGUUCACCUACUACCUCUCUGGAGAACCAAAUCAGAAUGGUUACAAAGUGACUUGUUUACCUUGGAAUGAUGAACCCCUGGCAGCUGAGACCAGCCUGAUGAAAGAGGAGCUACUGAAGGUGAACCAGCGAGGUAUCCUCACUAUCAAUUCCCAGCCCAAUAUCAACGGGAAGCCAUCCACCGACCCCAUUGUGGGCUGGGGCCCCAGUGGCGGAUACGUCUUCCAGAAGGCCUAUCUGGAGUUCUUUACCUCAAGUGAAACAGUGGAGGCCCUUCUCCAGGUGCUGAAGAAAUAUGAGCUCCGUGUCAACUACCACAUUGUCAACGUCAAGGGUGAAAACAUCACCAAUGCCCCUGAGCUUCAGCCCAAUGCCGUGACAUGGGGCAUCUUCCCUGGGCGAGAGAUCAUCCAACCCACGGUGGUGGAUCCCGUCAGUUUCAUGUUUUGGAAGGAUGAGGCCUUUGCCCUAUGGAUUGAGCAGUGGGGCAAGCUGUAUGAAGAGGAAUCCCCAUCUCGCAUGAUCAUUCAGUAUAUCCACGACAAUUACCAUCUGGUCAACCUAGUGGACAAUGAGUUCCCAUUGGACAACUGUUUGUGGCAAGUCCUAGAAGAUACCUUUGAGCUCCUCAGCAGUCCAGUCCAAUAGUGAAAGAUCCUAUCCUUACCCUGGCUGCUGGACUCCCCAAGUAUCCUUCUCUUUCUGUCUUCCCCUGUGUUCUUCUCCAUCCCGUUCCAUUCCAUCUGCCCUGGCUCUCACUGCCACCUCCUCUAGUGAUGGCAGCUAAACUGGUUUCUGACCUCUGUGCUUGGAUUCCACCAGUCUGUUCUGCACUUGAGGCUUGUGGGACCUUUCUCACACUACAGUUAUGCUAUUUUCCCCUUUUGUUGGGGAGUAACUCCAUCCUGCAACAAUGUAAUGGCCAUCCAGUGCCACCUUUCAGUUCUCCUGGUGACAGAAGGGCACCUGGGAGAGUGCCCGGUAAGCCAGCUAGGCCUUCCAAAGACACUGCCCACCUGCUCUUUUCUGGAUCAUGUGUGCAUAUUUAGGUAUAACCAGAUGAAACCAGAAAUGCUAGCUGUGUUUGGAGAAGUUUGGCUAGACACAUGGAUCCUGGACUUUGGGAUCCUUUUGCCUCAGGGACCUUUACCUAGUUCUUGCCUCAGUUUCCCCAUCUAUGAAGGAGAGGCAAGCAUGAAACUCAUCUGCUCCCCUGGGCAGGAAGAGCCAGGCAAACACACAGCCUGCCAUGUAGCUAUGCAGAGAGUUCUUGCCCUCUUCCACUGGAGCCUCAGGGCUGGCUGGGGUUCCACACUGACUGACAUUUUUCUUUCUUUUUUGGGCUGACUGACCUGUGUUUAAUCUUUAGGAGUAUGGAAUCUCCAGCAUGAAAUCUCCCUCUACUUCAGCAGACCAUCCAUUUUUCUUUAAUUAGAUCAUCUUAAGAGAAUUGUCUGGGGUGCCCAGAAAUGAGUGACUUGCCUAGGGUCACACAGUUGGUAUGCACCAGAGGCAAGACAUAAACUCCCUUCGGCCCUCCCUCUCUUCUACCCUACACUCCUUUGUUUCCAUAGAUUCUGUAUUUGAAAGAAAACCUCCUUACAGUGUUUAAGCAGAAGUGGUCUCAGCAGGGUCCUUGCCCUCACUUUCCUCUUAUAGGUCAUGUGGGUGGGGGGUAGGGAGCAGGAACCUAUGACCCUUGAGGGCAAAUCAGUCAGUCACAUUGUUGGAACAGUCUCAGGCCCCUUGCUUCCUCCUUCAGUGCUGGGCCUGCCUGCAUUCUUAUAGGGAGCCGUUUGACCUGGGCUUCCUGAUAUUUGUUGCUUUUUCUUAUACCUCUUCAUUCUCACCCAAGCUCAGGUCUGACCUGCUCCAUCUUCCUUCUUCCCCUAAAAAUGUUUGUCUUAUGUGUGAAUGAAAGUCAGUAACUAACACUUGUCACAGUUGGGUCAGUCUUGCAAUCUGGCAGGCUCAGGGUUAAGGGAAAAGCCUCUCUUUGUCCUCCCCACCCCCAGGCUCCCCUUAUGGAGCUGAGAUCAGCAGUCUUGGAGCCUCUGCUGGAUCAGCAGGAAGAAAACCUUGUGAGGGGGAUGGACAGAAGGAUCCAAAGGCAACAAAUAGAAAUGGGAGCCAUUUUGGCUGACCCCAAAUAGCUGACCCUAACUCCAGCCAGCACUGUCUAUUUCUUGGAGGUAGGGGGCUGCCCAAAUCAGAAUUGGGGACUUUGGCAGCCACUUUAGGCCACUAGCCUGAACAGAAUGCUCCUUUGAGUGUCCUGGUGCUUCUUCCUCCAGCCUCUGCUUAAGGACUCAGAACACCUGGAAGUCACUACUUUGGGCUGCUCAGUCGAUUUGGAAAGCCCUAAUUGGGAUUUUCUUUAUAGUGAAUUUAAAUCUGUCCCUGGGUUGCUUUUGAUGCUCUUAGUUCUCAACUCCCUCCAAAAAAGCACUGUGUAGCCAUUAUGUUUCCAAUCCCCAAGUUGUUUUUUUUUCUGUAGGUCACCACAUGACAUGUUUCUGAUCCCCUCACCCUCCUGAUCACCCUCCAGUUAAGUGUCAGUGGUAAAAUGUAGACCUCAGGGCUGAAACACAACGUUCCAUAUUUGGCCCACAGUAGGCCGGGCCCUCUGUGAAAACAAAACCAAAAAGAAGGCAGGGAAAGGAAUCAUAUUUUAUUGUCUGCCCUAACAGCUAUUUUCCAUUAAAAUAUUACCAGACA